UUUUUGUUCAUAGGCCAUAGUCAUACUCAUAGUCAUGUAUUUCAAACAAACCCUCAAAAUAGUAAGCUCCAGCUUCGAAAGCAAAAUCUACUUCCUUUUGGCCCUUACAUAGGAGUUUCUCUCCAGUCACUACCCUCUCUUCUCUCUUCUCUCACUCUUUUUAAGCUCCUUCUUUAGUAAUCUUGAAUUGAAUAAAUUAUCCACUCUCUCUCUCUCUCUCUCUCUCUCUCUCGUGAAGAAACUCCCAAUGGCAUUUGCUGACAGGUGAUAAAACAGCUAAGAAGCUAAAUUGGGUCAGAUUUUAAGGUCAGGAUAAGCUAAAGUAGAAGAAGAAUCUAAGAAAGUUAGAGAUUUUAUGGACUGGAACUCGAAAGCACCUUCUUGGGAAUUUACUGAACUAGAACAAGAAACUUUCUCCAACUUAGGCACUGUUAAUGGGUCUAAUAACCACUUUGGAGAUUAUAAUAAGACUAUCAGAGAGGAUUUCUCAGUAGAUUUGAAGCUGGGCCAGGUGGGAAAUUCUGGCAAUAAUGAGUUAGUGGAUACAACAUGGAAGGAGUCAGGGCUUCCAAGACAUGCUUCUUCUACUUCUUCACCCUCAGGAUCUACGAAAAGGUCUCGAGGAUCUUACAAUGGAUCUCAAGCAGUUUCAUGCCUUGUUGAUGGGUGCAAUGCUGAUCUUAGUACUUGUAGGGAUUACCAUAGACGCCAUAAGGUCUGUGAGCUCCAUUCUAAGACUCCUCAGGUCACAAUUGGUGGGGAGAAGCAAAGAUUCUGCCAGCAGUGCAGCAGGUUCCAUUCGCUGGAGGAAUUCGAUGAAGGAAAGAGAAGCUGCAGAAAACGUCUCGAUGGACACAACAGAAGGCGAAGGAAGCCUCAACCAGAACCCUUCUCACGCUAUGGUAGCUUAAUGUCCAACUAUUCAGGUACUCAGAUGUUACCAUUUUCAUCGUCACUCGUUUACCCCUCUACCGCUGUUGUGAACCCCAACUGGGGAGGAUGUGUAGUCAAAGCGGAGGCAGACUCCGGUCUCCAUAACCAUCAUCAACAACAGCUACCCUUUCUUGAUAAACAUAACAUGUUUCUAGGACCAACCUCUCCCAACAACAGCAAUGCAAACUACAAAGGAGGAGAUGGCAGCAGCAACAAGUUAUUCCCAAUUUUGCAAGGACACAGUCCUGGAGUUUCAGCAUGCCAUCCCCUUCUACUGAGGACAUUUCCUUCAUUGUCACAAUGUAAUGAGGUGCCUAGGAGCAAAUUGUUCUAUGACAGGCUAUUAACAUCAACAACUAGUACUACUUCUUCUACAACAGCACAACAAAUCCAUAACUCGGAUUGUGCUCUCUCUCUUCUGUCAUCACCGUCACCGCAGGCGCAGACACCUGAGAUGGGUUUGGGACACAACAUAAUGUCACACCUUAGCUCCUCAAUCUCAAUGGUAGGGCAGCACCCCACCCUGCAGACAAAUAAUCAUGGUUCAGAGCCUUUCAUGAGUUCAGUUUUGAUCACUAAUGGAAGUAGUGGCAAUGCUGAUGUCCACUGUUCUGGGAUGUUUAGCAUGGGAUCUGAUGGUCAUGAACCCCAUCAAACUCUCCCUUCUCACUGGGAUUAGUAAGAAGAAAAGAUUGGAAAAAGAAAAAGAGAAAAAAAAUGUUGAAGAUUUCUAUGACCAUUAUGGGACAUGAAUUUGUAUCGUCUCCUUCAUAAUUUUUAUGGUGCCACCAUAAUUGUGACUUUAACCUUUGGCUAAAUUUUCUUUUCUUUUGGUAUGAAUAUCUCCAAGAAAUUUUUGUUUUUGGAGCUUUUUAGGUUUGAUCUUUUGGGAAUUAGUACUAGCUUGGAAAUUUUCAUAUGAAAAAACAAAAUUUCCCCUCAAUUAUUGCAUUUGUCUGGUAUUAUCUCCUGUAUUUUCUUUUUGUAUUAUUAUCUCCCAAGAAAUUUUUGUUUUGGGAGCAUUUUAGGUUUGAUCUUUUGGGGGUUAGUACUACGAUCUUAGAAAUUUUCAUGGUGAAAUGGCAAAAUUCCCCCUCAAUUAUUGUGUU